CUGUGGACUUCCGCGAUGCUACUUGGCACAGUGCCCCAGAAGACAGUUAUCUUCAUAUUGUAUAUUGUUCUCUCAGUUAGUUGAGAAAAUGUGGUUAAAGGAAUUGUGAGAUUUUACAGGCAUCUUUUCCUUACUUUCAGACAGGCGAUCGGUUUAUUCGGCCACGCUAUGGCAACAGAUGGCGGAUGAAGUUUGAGAUGAACACAUCUGGCCAGAAUGGAUUUACUACGAAAGAGGCUCGUGAAAAUGGUGGCGGAGGGAGUGGGAGAUUGGCAUACACAUGUUUGCUGAUAAACGAACUUCUUGGCGCCAACAUUCAAGAUCUUAGAGACCAAUGUGAUGAGAGAAGAGCGCUCAUUCCAGGAUCAAAUAUCUUUUCCUUGUCACCACUUAGUGCACAAAGCCAAAAGUUGCUUAGUGCACCGAGAAGGUCAAGGAGGAAAAUAUCACCAAUACCCUACAAGAUGUUGGAUGCCUUUUAUCUCCAAGAUGACUUCUACCUCAAUGUUAUUGACUGGUCUUCAGAGAAUGUGUUAAGCGUGGGAUUAGGAACUUGCAUAUAUCUUUUUUGUGCAAGCACAAAUCAGGCUGGAAGGCUGUGAGAUUUAUCUGGAGAUGGCACCUCUGUAACUUCAGUUGCAUGGAAUGAACACGUAAGUAUUGGCCAGACUAUUUUUACUCAGGUCGUUGAAAAGUAUUUCUGUUAAAUUUGAAUUUGGUUGUAAGAUUUGAGGUUUUCACA